CCGUGUACCAUGGAGUUCAUUGAGCAGGUGGGCAAGGCCAUCCCGUCUGUGGACAACCCACUCUUUUCUGCACUUGACGAGCAUCUCUCUGGAGUCUCUGCUGCUGUGGGCUUCCCCAUGGACCAGCUCCGCUACGUCUCGUGCCUCCUCCUCGUCUACCCGCUCGCCCUUAUUUUCCGCCUCCUGCCCAAGUCCCUCCUCAUCCGCCAGCUCUACGCCACCAUCCUGGGCUUUGCCAUGGGUCUCUACGUCUUCCGCGAGGGCAUGAUCCAUUCCUUCAUCACCGCCCUUGUCACCUACAUUCUGAUCUGCACCGUCAAGGGCAAGUCUCGUCCCAUCAUCGUGUUCAUCUUCACCCUCGGCUACAUGUGCCUUUGCCACAUCUACCGGCAGUACACCGACUACAUGGGCUGGACCCUCGACUUUACCGGCCCGCAGAUGAUUCUGACCAUCAAGCUCUCCUCGUUUGCCUACAACGUGUCGGACGGUGAGCAGCUGGACAAGUGCGACAAGGAGCAGAAGAAGUGCGCCGUGACCGAGAUGCCCUCGCUCCUCGAGUACUUUUCGUUUGUGUACUACUUUGGCGGCUUCCUCGCUGGCCCCUCGUUUGAGUUCUCCGACUACCGCGCCUUUAUGCGCCGCUCGGUCUCGGCCGAGGGCUCGCCGUCGGCCUGGGUUCCCUCGGUCACCAAGCUCCUGCUCUCGUUUGUCUUUAUGGCUGGAGUCGUUCUCGGCGGCGCGUUCGACACUCAGUUCAUGUCUACCGAGGAGUACUGGGCCCUGCCGCUCCUCCACCGCCUUGGCUACCAGUGGCUCUCGGUCACCAUGUACCGCUACAAGUACUACUUUGGCUGGUUCCUCGCCGAGGGCGGGUGCAACGCCGCCGGCUUUGGCUUUGACUCGGUUAAGGGCACCUGGGACCUCAUCACUAACGUCAAGGUGCUCGAGGUCGAGUUUGCGCCCAACGUCCGCUCGGUCAUGGCCAACUGGAACAUCGGGACGGCUGUCUGGCUCCGCCGCUACGUCUACAACCGCCUCAACCCGGAUCCGUCCAAGGGCGCUCCGUUCUACGUCCAGAUGCUCACCUACAUGACUUCGGCCUUCUGGCAUGGCUUCUACCCGGGCUACUACAUGACCUUCUCCUCCGGCGCCCUCAUGAACAAUGCCGCCCGCGGCCUGCGCAAGCUCCUCCGCCCCAAGUUUGCCGGCACCUCGCUCAAGCCGCUCUACGACGUCGCCUCCUUCCUCCUCACCGCCGUCGUCCUCAACUACACCUGCACGCCGUUUACCCUUCUGGCCUGGGACGCCUCGUGGCGCAUCUGGAAGGCCGAGCUCUUCCUCGGCCACGUCCUCACCAUCGGCUCCAUGAUUGUGGUGCCCAUGCUGAUGCCCAAGAAGAAGAAGCCGGUCAAGACCGAGUAAAUCGUCCGCUUUCUCCUCACGCGCCUUCUCCCGCCUCAGAACUUG